CUCUGGGACCGCCCUGUAACAUCCACCAACUCGAGGAGGAGGAGGAGGAGAAGAGAUCCCCCCACCUAGCCUCGGUUUCCAAGCGCCAGCAGAAGAAGAAGAGACAGGACACAUGGCGGCAGGUUUCGGCCCGAGGUUCGCCGCCGGCGAUGCUCCGGCGAGACGGUGUAACCUGGAGCGGUUCCUCGAGGCCACCACGCCCGUCGUUGCGUCCUCCAGCUGCUCGUCCAAGGAGACCGCGAACGGUUGGGGGCAGCGGCAGUCAGACGACGCAGACGGCUCGUCGCCGUUCUUCGCUCUGGGCGACCUCUGGGACUCGUUCAAGGAGUGCAGCGCGUACGGCACCGCUGUGCCCCUUGCUCUGAACGGCUGCAGCGACGGCGUCGUUCAGUACUACGUCCCCUACCUGUCUGCAAUCCAGCUUUACGGAGCCCUCAGAAGGCACAUCGGCCCUUCGAGGACGGGUGCAGAGGAGAGCGACAGCGACGCGGAGCGCGAGACGAGCUCCAGCACGAACACGUUGUCGGCCCGGGAGGAGGCGAGCGAGAGCAGCACCAGCGGCAGCGAAGCCUCCGGCGACGAGGGCGAGCCGGGACCGGGGAGCUGGUGCCAGGAGCGGCUCCUCUUCGAGUUCCUCGAGUCCGAGCCUCCCUACCAGCGCGAGCCUCUGGCUGACAAGAUUUGUAGCCUUGCCCAGCGGUUUCCGGAGCUCAAGACUCUCAGGAGCUGCGACCUGUCUCCGGCAAGCUGGAUCUCCGUGGCGUGGUACCCGAUCUACCGGAUCCCGACGGGGCCAACGCUGCGCGACCUGGACGCCUGCUUCCUCACCUACCACUCCCUGUCCACGCAGUUCGCAGCAGGCGCCAGCAGCAACGGGCCCAGACCGGCGACGGCAGCCACCGCGACGGCGAUGAUGUGGCUCCCGACGUUCGCGAUGGCGUCGUACAAGCUGAAGGCGGCGGCGUGGACGCCGGGCUGGCGCGACCGGCAGGUUGCCGCGUCCCUCGCGCAGGCCGCCGACGCCUGGCUCAGGCUCCUGCGCGCCGACCACCCGGACCACCGCUUCUUCGCCGCCCGGCGGCCUCCCAGGAGAUGGUGAUCAUUUGAGUGUAUAGAGUACUCUCUCUCUCUCUCUCUCUCUCUCUCUCUCUCUCUCUGGCAAGUCUGAAGGUAGUUGUCCUGAAAAAGGAAACGGCUGAGGUAGUUAGGGUUCACUAGCGGAACCGGAGUGACAAAGUAUGUUCAUCCUGUAGUUUCAAUGUUGUUUUCCUUUUUUUUUGUAUCCGCCAUGUUCUCAGGAAAAAAAUGUAUCAGAAAACGUAUAAUAGGUGUAGAGCAAUACUGGUGUCAUUGUCC